AUGGCGGCCCGCCGAGCUGUACGAAGAUGCACAAGCAGCUUCUUCCAACAACCGCCACCAUGGCUCAACCGCAAAGUCUCCCGCGCCUUCUGCACAACCCACCUUGGCCAACAGCAGCAGCGCACUCCAACUGCAGAUCGCCCAACACACUUUGGCUAUGAGACGGUCACCGAGAGCGAGAAACAGGACCGUGUAGCAGGCGUCUUCUCCAGCGUCGCCGAGUCCUACGACAAAAUGAAUGACUUCAUGUCGCUCGGCGUUCACAGGUUAUGGAAAGACCAUUUUGUCUCCUCCCUCAACCCGGGAGCAACCACGCCUCUCGGCCAGCCCCAGAGAAUGCUCGACGUCGCCGGCGGCACAGGCGACAUCGCCUUCCGCAUGCUCCGGCACUCGCACGUCCACAACGCAAACCCAAACAUUCACAUCACCAUCUCCGACAUCAACCCCGACAUGCUGGCUGUCGGCAGGCAGCGCUCCCUCCGCCUCCCCGCCUCCUACCAGUCCGGCCUUUCCUUCCUCGAAGCCAAUGCCGAGAUGCUCCCUGCCCAAAUCAGAGACAACUCGCUCGACCUCUACACCGUCUCCUUUGGCAUCCGGAACUUCUCCAACAUUCCCGCCGCGCUGAGGGAAGCCCACAGGGUCCUCAAACCAGGUGGUGUCUUUGCGUGUCUGGAGUUCUCAAAGGUCGACCACUAUCCCCUCCUGAAUGCCAUUUAUAAACGGUGGUCGUUUAGUGCCAUUCCCAUGAUUGGCCAGCUAGUCGCCGCAGAUAGAGACAGCUAUCAGUAUUUGGUGGAGAGUAUCGAGCGGUUCCCCAGCCAGGAGGAAUUUAGGGAUAUGAUUGUCCAUGCUGGUUUUGCUGUGUCGGGUGAUGGCUACGAAAAUUUGACUGGUGGCAUUGCAGCUAUUCACAAGGGAAUCAAGCCCUUGUAA